CGCUGUCGGUUUCGCCCCAAUUCCCGUGCGGGCGCUCGUAGGCGCCACUGGGCAUCUUGUCCCCCCGGAUCUCCCUUUUUCGGGCAAUUGUUUACGGCCCCGUCCCUGCUUGUCAUAUCCUUUGCGCCCGCAACCACGCACAAACACCCAUACAACCAACGCUUCCAGAACAUCGUAGGGCUGGUAGUGUGGAACACGCGACGUCACAACGGCGUCCUAUCUACAGAUCCUCCUGUGCUUGCUGCCGCUGCCGCUGCCGCUGCCGACCGGCCACCCACCUCAACCCCCGGGCGAGAUAAGGCAUGGCAGAUAAGAUGUCCAUCGACAACAAAGCUCCCAAGGAGGAUACUCCCGAGACCACGGGCUCUAGUCCCGAAGCCGAUCAGCCCGGCGCUGCCAACGGCUCCUCGAACAACGCCAAUGCUGCCACCGAUAAUCAGCAGCCCAAGCGAAAGGGCGGCCGUAAGCCCAUCUACGCUACCUCCGAGGAGCGUAAGCAGCGAAACCGCCAGGCCCAAGCCGCUUUUCGCGAGCGCCGCACUGAGUACAUCAAGCAGCUCGAAGAGGCCAUCCGCGUCCACGAGUCCAACCUGCAUAACCUCCAGGCCGCUCACCGGACUGCCGCCGAUGAGUGUUUGAUGCUGCGCUACAAGAACUCCUUGCUGGAGCGUAUUCUUUUGGAGAAGGGCAUCGAUGUCCAGGCUGAGCUUCGAGCCAAAACCGGCAGUCCCAACUUGGGGCCGACUCAUGCUCCCCAGAACAUGGUUCAGCCUCCACCCAUCCAGCGUGCCAUCCUGAAUAGACAUCACCAAUCGCGAAGGUCUCACUCGAGCAUCGCCCCGAAGCUCGAGCCCGGCAUCAGCAGCCUGCCUCCGCCGAUACAGGCUGCUCAUUCGGUCGCGUCGCCCAAGGGCCGACCUACGCCAUCGUCUCAUUCCAACUCCCCCACGAACACGGCGGCGUAUGGCAGUCAGCCAGCGCUGUCGCCGGCGGCCUCCGACCACGGUCCCCUUCGCCCAGGCAUAGCAUCGUCCAUGAAGUCCCAGCUCAGCCCAAUGGGCCCCAUGAACCCGGCCGCUCGAGCUCACAUGAUGUCCGGCGGUCCUCCUCGAGUUGGCAACACCGGCUCAUACUAUCCGUCACCUGGCUUCCAGAACCACAUUGAGCAGCUAGAACAAGAAUAUGAUGCUCCUGCAGCUAUGAUUGAGGAUUCCGAGAUCGAUGCCCCAAGUGGCCCCGGCCCAUAUCCCAACGGCUUCUCCGGCGAUGCGCCGCAACAGAUGAUGCCUUCCCCAAAUUCUGUUGGCCACGGCCAGCACAUGCCAUCUCAGGGCGAAUCCACGCAGCCUGCCCAUACGAGCCAGGGUGCAUAUCCUUCCAUGACGCAGCUCUUGGACACUGGCAUGGAAUGGGACCCCUUUGGACUGAGCGCCAGCAUGGCCUUCCCGUCACAGUUCUCUUUCGACACGAGCAACAUGCGAUAACACCACACCCCACACGACACCCCACACGCCAACCAAGAGCCAUUGACACGGCUCCCUGGAAAGGAACCAGUCAAGAUCGAGACUCUUUUCACUAGUUGACAAGAGAAGAUGAGGGGGUUUUGUACAUGUUUCGUCACGGCCGUCGCGGCUCAUGUCGUAUUUUGUUUUAUCAAAAAAGAAGUAAUCAUGUGA